AUCCAUUGCUGAUUUUGUUGCUAUGUUGAUAAUCAUAUUUAUAUAUACUUUGAGCAAUAUCCCCGUUAUGAUUGUCGUUGUGAAUCUCUUUGAAAUCUAAAACGUUGGAAUUGAAGGAAGCAAUGAUUGUAGAUUAAAAUUAGAUUAGAUUGAUACAAAUCAUAUAAAUAAAGAAGGGAAUUUAACUAAUUAAGGUAAUUAAGUAUUUCAAAUGUUCACAUAUGGGUAAUAUUGUUUUUUUUGUACUCAUUUACCCAACUAACUUGUUUCAGCCGUUCAAAAAUAACCAACAUUACCGGCUAUUGUAGGUUUUGGGUGAUGUGGCAUCUACGUGGCUUGUACGCUACAAUACCCAUCACCUACAUGGCAUUGAGAAGUGUUUACAUUAUAAGAGGGUGAGAUACGACAACUUAUUAAUUAAAACCCUAGAUCGAUCGAUGACAUCUUCUUCCUCAUCCUUUUCUUCCAAACGACAAGACGAAUUGCAACCGGAUCAUCCAUGUGAUUGCGAUUUGCCAUCUCGUGUGAAGACAUCAAGAACCCCAGACAAUCCUGGAAGGAAAUUCAGAGUUUGUCAAAACUCACUGAAUGGAAAAAGUCCAAGCUGUAAAUUUUGGCAAUGGUUGGAUGAGGAUGAAGGGAGGAAAGAUGGAAGAGGGCAUUACAGGAUGAAAGCAGAAGAAAGCUGCAAUCUUACCUUGAAAAUUUGUACCUUGGAGAAUGAAAUCAGCAUAUGCAGGAUGAAGAUUGAAGAAGAGAAGAACAGGAAUAAACAAGAACUUGACAAAGUCAACUGGAAAUUGUUUACCCAUAGACUUGCAUUAAUUUUCUUGUUUCUCUUGUAUGUCAAAAUGUUGUUUUAAAUUAUGUAUUAUGAUGUAGUAUGACUAAAUUAUGUAUGCUUUUGUGAUGUUUUCAAUGAAAAAGGUUAUAUUCUAUCAUUGGAAUGGAA